AUCUUAAUAUUUAUGUGUCCCCAUAACUAAAUCAAUAAUUGUAUGUUUUGCAGGUUUUGAGAGGCUUUCCAAGUUGAGAAAUUUAGAAAUCCUUGAUCUUAGUUUCAAUAUGUUGAAUAAUAUUAACUUAACAUUUUUGAGUGAGCUGCCAUCUCUCAAGUCUCUAAAUCUAGCCUGGAGCAACUUAUUAGCAUCAAACUAUGGGUUUCUUAAGCUUUCAAAGAGGUUGAGCAAUUUGGAAAUCCUUACCUUGGAUGGAAAUUUCUUCAAUAAUAGCAUUUUGCCAUAUUUGAGUGAGCUUUUAUCUCUCAAAUAUCUAUAUCUAGCUGGCAACAACCUCCAAGCAUCUAGCCUUGUUGAAGGUUUUCCUAACUUGACCAAAGUGGAAGAGUUGUUUGUGGAGGAUUCUAUCCCCCCAACCAACUUCGUCAAUGGCAUUGGAGCAUUGACUUCUCUCAAGGUUUUAUCAAUAUAUAACUUCAAACUCAGUGGCUCCUUAACAAGCCCAGGUUUUCAUAACUUGACCAAAGUGGAAGAGUUGUUUGUGGGGAAUUCUAUCCUCCCAAACAACUUCGUCAAUGGCAUUGGAGCAUUGACUUCUCUCAAGGUUUUAUCACUAUAUGGCAGCAAUCUCAGUGGCUCCUUAACAAGCGCAAGUUUUCAUAACUUGACCAAAGUGGAAGAGUUGUUUGUGGAGGAUUCUAUCCUCCCAACCAACUUCGUCAAUGGCAUUGGAGCAUUGACUUCUCUCAAGGUUUUAUCACUAUAUGGCAACAAUCUUAGUGGCUCCUUAACAAGCACAGGCCUGUGUGAAUUGACACAUCUUCAACAGUUAGAUGUUGGAUACAAUUAUAUGGAGGGAGCCUUGCCUUCAUGUUUGGCAAAUUUGACUUCUCUCGAAAUUUUAAGCCUCUAUUCAAACAAAUUUUUUGGAGAUAUAGCUUUAUCACCCCUUAACAAAUUGACAUCCCUUUAUUACCUAUCUCUUUCAGACAAUCGCUUCCAAAUUCCAAUCUCCCUUCGACCAUUCUUCAACCAUUCAAAACUCAAAAUUAUCAAUGCAGAAAACAAUGAAUUUUAUGCAGAUACCAACAUUGAAUCUUUGGAACCAACCUUCCAACUGGAUACCUUGGUUUUGUCUGGUUCUGGAGAUUGUGGAGCAAUUCCAAACUUCCUCCACUCUCAACACGAGCUGAAGUAUUUAGACCUCUCGCACCUUAACCUAACUGGAGAGUUUCCCAUUUGGUUGUUGGAAAACAACACAAUGUUGAACACACUUUUGCUGGUUAACAAUUCUUUCUCUGGACCUAUUAAGUUGCUAGCUCAUUCUCACUUGAGUUUGAAAGAUCUAGAUAUCUCCAAAAAUUUCUUGGAUGACCAUAUUCCAAUGGAGAUUGGAGCAUCUUUGCCAAGUUUACAAGAUUUAAACAUUUCAGGAAAUUCUGUUACUGGUAGCAUUCCUCCUUCAAUUGGUGAUAUGAAGUUGCUGGAGUCUUUGGACUUAUCUCACAAUAACUUAUCUGAUGGAAUACCGGAGAAGUUAACCAUGGGUUGCUCAUCAUUGAGCAACAACAAUCUCUCUGGAAGGAUCCCCAGCGAGAUGGGUAAUAUGUCAAACUUGGAAGAAAUUAGCAUGCCCAAUAAUGGUCUUGAAGGUCCAAUUCCUAUUGACUUUUGUCAUCUUCUAUAUCUUGGAAUUCUAGACCUUUCAAAUAACAAUAUUUCAGGGAGUCUACCAACUUGUUUCAGCCCAGUUUCGAUAAAUCAUGUUCAUUUAUCCAAAAACAGGCUAGAAGGAUCACUGACAACACAGUUUUGUAACAGCUCUUCUCUAAUAACGCUAGAUCUUAGUGACAACCAGCUAAGUGGUAACAUCCCAGAUUACAUCAAUAUGCUUGGUGAGUUGAGUUAUCUUAUCUUGAAGAACAAUAAUCUUGAAGGUAAGAUCCCAAUUCAAUUAUGCAAGUUGCAGAAAUUGAGCUUGAUUGAUCUAUCUCAGAACCACCUUUCUGGCCAUAUACCCUCUUGCCUAAAUAUUACUACUUUUGAUGAGGCAAACAAAGUUGAUCUAUUUAUUCCUUCAGCUUCUGCUGCAUCUUCUCCUCCUGCUCCUCCUGUUGCGUAUUCUCCUCUUGCUCCUCCUGUUGCAUCUUCUCCUUAUCCUUCUCCUCAUGCUGAAUCUCCUUCGCAAACUGGUUCUAAAGAUGAUGAACCAGUGUAUUUCACAACAAAGAAUGUGAUGUAUUCUUAUAAGGGAAGACUUCUCACCUACAUGUCUGGAAUAGACUUGUCCUGCAACAAACUGACCGAUGAAAUUCCUCAUGAAAUCGGGCACCUCAGUAAGAUUCAUGUGCUAAACUUGUCUCAUAAUUUCUUUGUUGGUCAAAUUCCAUCUACAUUUUCUAAGCUUGACCAACUCGAGAGCUUGGAUCUUUCCUACAACAAUUUGAGUGGGAAUAUUCCUCCACAACUUGUUCAACUGCAUUACUUAUCUAUCUUUAGGGUGGCAUACAACAAUCUAUCAGGCAAGACACCAAAAAGGGUCGGACAAUUUGGAACAUUUGAUGAAAGUAGUUAUCAGGGUAAUCCUCUGCUUUGUGGGGAACCAAUGAAAAGUUGCCCAGCAGCAAGUCCACCAACAUUGAUCCAGGGAGGCCUAACCCAGGGUAGAGAAGAUGAUGGUUUCAUCGAUAUGGGUGUCUUUUAUGUGAGUUUAGUUGUGUCUUACAUAAUGGUGCUCAUAACUAUUGCUGCAGUUCUCUACAUAAAUCCUUAUUGGAGACGGGCAUGGUUCUAUUACACUGAGAUGUGCUUUAUUUCUAGCUACUAUUUUAUAGUAGAUCAUCUACCCAAGCAAUUUCAUUAGAGAAUGUAGCCAUAUUAUAGAUGUCAUUUCUAAAUAUGUUCUUUCUUAUUGUUUCCUGUUCGGAAUUGCAAUGAAAAGUCAUACAUAUAUGCUCUUUCAAGUAAAAAUAGCAAGCAGAG